AUGGUUAAUGUAAUGAUUAUUAAAAAACUUAUUUUUUAUAAAACUACAUUACUAAUACUUUUUUUUAAUCCUUCAUAUUUUGGAAGUGAAGUUCUUGCUUCUAAUACGCAAUUCUUUUGUAAUAAGGUAAAUCCAUGCAGCUUCAAACUUGUGGCAGAUUUAGACUUAAAGUCACGCCCAUCAAACCCUGGUGAAAAAGAUUUUAGAAGUAUACUUCAGAAAGGACGAAUUUAUUUUGAUACUAAGGAGGAGCAAUAUAAAGUGACAUGGGAUGCAGCUCUUGUUUUAUUAAGUGGCCAUAAUGAAUAUGGUAGAGGUAUGGAAUUAAGCGAAUUAGUAAUAUAUGAUGGGAAACUUCUUGCCGGUGAUGAUAGAAGCGGAAUCAUGUUUGAAAUUAUUGACGAUGGGAAGGUUAUUGCCCCACGAUAUAUUUUAUCUGAAGGAGAUGGUAAUAAAGGUAAAGGAAUGAAGAUUGAGUGGGCAACAGUAAGAGAUGAUGUACUUUGGGUUGGAAGCUUUGGGAAAGAAUUUGUGCAGAAUGGAAUAAUUUCCAAACAAGAUAAUAUGUGGGUUGCCUCAGUAGACAAGUUUGGAAAUAUAAGAUACUAUAACUGGUCAAAAGUUUACAACAGUAUACGUUCUGCAUUGGAUGCAGAUUUUCCAGGAUACUGUAUUCACGAAGCUGUAGGUUGGAGUCCUUAUAUGCGUAAGUGGAUAUUUCUUCCAAGAAGAGUAAGCAAUGAACCAUAUGAUGAAUUCCUAGAUGAAAUGAAAGGUUCAAAUAAAAUGGUAAUUUUGUCAGAUGACCUUGAAAUACUUGAUGUGAAAGCUAUAGGAGAUAUUAUCCCUGAGAGGGGAUUCUCAUCAUUUAAAUUUUUACCUGGGUCUAAAGAUCAAAUUAUUGUUGCUCUUAAGACUGUUGAGAAUUCUAGGAUAGACUUCCAAAGUACAUAUGUUUCUAUGUUUACCAUUGAUGGUGACUUAUUAAUUGAUGAUAUUAAAGUUCCUGGAGAAUUUAAAUUCGAAGGUAUUGAGUUCACAAGCUUUUAA